AUGGAGUCGAUCUUGGAUUUUUCGCAAGAAUUGAAUAUCAAUGCGCUGGAUCAAGUUGUGGACACUUUUUACAAGGGAUCUGGCGCCCAACAGAAACAGGCCCAGGAUGUCCUGACGAAGUUCAAAGACCACCCAGAUUCGUGGCAAAGAGCAGACCAAAUUCUGCAGUUCUCUCAAAAUCCUCAAACGAAAUUCAUCGGGCUCUCAAUUUUGGAUAAACUAAUCACCACAAAGUGGAAAAUGCUUCCACCGGAACACAGAAUAGGGAUUCGUAAUUUCAUCGUAGGAAUGGUUAUAUCCCUGUGUCAAGACGAUGCCGUUUUCCAGUCUCAAAAGAAUCUCAUCAACAAAUGUGACCUCACUCUUGUGCAAGUUCUCAAGCAAGAGUGGCCUCAAAACUGGCCUGAUUUCAUACCCGAGCUUGUUCAAAGCUCCCAAUCGUCGGUCAAUGUUUGCGAGAAUAAUAUGGUCAUUCUCAAACUUCUUUCCGAGGAAGUUUUCGACUUUUCUGCAGAGCAGAUGACCCAAGCCAAAGCUUUACACUUAAAGACUUCUAUGUCAAAAGAAUUCGAACAAAUUUUUAAACUUUGCUUUCAGGUUAUGGAUGCAGGAUCUACUACGUCGCUGGUAGUCGCUGCAUUGGAAUCGUUGCUGAGAUACUUACACUGGAUUCCUUAUCACUACAUUUACGACUCCAACCUUCUAGAACUCUUGAGUACGAAGUUUCUAAGCUCAUCAGAGACUAGGGCAGUCACCAUUAAAUGUCUGACUGAAAUCUCGAACCUAGAAAUUCCUCAAAACGAUGCCAAAGUUGCGGAACAAACUGUAUUGUAUUUCCAGAACACUCUACAGCAGGUGAGCAAUAAUGUUGUACCUGUAACCGCUGAUUUAAAGGCAACUUACGCUACUGCCAACGGCAGAGAUCAAUCCUUCCUGCAAGAUUUUGCCAUGCUUUUGACAACCUACUUGGCCCGCCACCGUGUUUUGCUGGAAAGCGACGAAAGAUUGAGGGAGCUCCUGCUAACAGCUCAUCAAUAUUUGAUCCAACUAUCCAAAAUCGACGAGCGGGAGCUUUUCAAAACAACGUUAGACUAUUGGCAUCAUUUGGUUGCACAUCUGUUCCAAGAGGUUCAAAAGUUGCCAGUCGCGGAACUUAAUCCAUUACUUCAGCUGUCAGUUGGCUCACAAUCUAUUAACUCCUCAGGUGGGGCUCCAAAUCCCGAAUUUUUAAAGAGAUUUCCUCUAAAGAAGCAUAUCUAUGAUGGCAUCUGCACUCAAUUAAGAUGGGUCGUCAUUGAAUCCAUGGUCAGACCUGAAGAAGUUCUCAUUGUGGAGAAUGAUGAAGGAGAAAUCGUGAGAGAAUUUGUUAAAGAAUCCGACACUAUCCAAUUGUACAAAUCGGAAAGGGAAGUUCUGGUAUAUUUGACUCAUCUUGAUGUUAUGGAUACCGAGGAUAUUAUGAUAAACAAGCUGGCUAGACAGAUUGAUGGCUCCGAAUGGUCAUGGCACAAUAUAAAUACUCUGUGCUGGGCCAUUGGUUCCAUUUCAGGUACCAUGAGCGAAGAAACCGAGAAGAGGUUUGUUGUCACUGUCAUUAAAGAUCUUCUGGCACUGACUGAAAAGAAGCGCGGUAAAGACAAUAAAGCUGUAGUGGCUUCAAAUAUCAUGUAUGUCGUUGGACAAUACCCUCGGUUCUUGAAAGCUCAUUGGAAGUUCCUGAAAACAGUCAUCAUCAAGCUUUUUGAGUUUAUGCAUGAAACACACGAGGGUGUUCAAGAUAUGGCUUGUGACACGUUCAUCAAAAUUGUUCGCAAAUGCAAGCAUCACUUUGUAGUCCAGCAGCCAAAUGAAUCUGAACCGUUUAUUCAAACCAUUAUUAGAGAGAUUCAAAGUACCACCGCUGAUCUUCAGCCUCAACAAGUCCACACUUUCUAUAAGGCCUGCGGAGUAAUCAUAUCUGAUGAGAGAAACGUUGGCGAAAGAGAGCGUCUCCUGGGUGACUUGAUGCAGUUGCCGAACAUGGCCUGGGAUGCAAUUGUUGAACAAUCAUCCGCCAAUCCCGACCUUCUUCUUGAUCCUGAGACUGUUAAAAUUAUUGCUAACAUAUUGAAAACAAAUGUUGCAGUUUGUUCUACCAUGGGUGCCUCUUUUUACCCACAGUUGGGCCAUAUUUAUUAUAAUAUGCUUCAACUUUACCGAGCAGUCUCUUCAAUGAUUUCAAGCCAGGUCUCCAGUGAGGGUUUGAUAGCCACCAAGACUCCAAAAGUACGUGGACUGAGGACUAUCAAGAAAGAAGUCCUUAAACUAAUUGAAUUUUACAUUUCUCACGCUAACAACCUGGAUGAAGUAGUAAAGGUCCUCGUGGAGCCUCUGUUGAAUGCCGUUCUGGAAGACUACAUGAAUAAUGUUCCUGACGCCAGAGAUGCGGAAGUCUUGAACUGUAUGACCACUGUUGUUCGGAAGGUUGGUCACAUGAUCCCUAGCGGCGUCAUUCUGAUUUUACAGAGUGUUUUCGAGUGCACUUUAGACAUGAUCAACAAAGAUUUCACUGAGUACCCAGAGCAUCGCGUUGAGUUCUAUAGACUUUUGAAAGAGAUCAAUAGCAGAUCAUUCAAUGCAUUGCUGGAGCUACCGUCAGCUGCCUUCAAGUUGUUCGUGGACGCUAUUUGCUGGGCAUUCAAACAUAAUAAUAGAGACGUUGAAGUCAAUGGCUUACAACUAGCUCUCGAUUUGACUAAAAACAUCGCUGCUUUGGGCGCAACACCAUUUUCCAAUGCUUUCUAUGAGAACUUCUACUUUACCUUCAUCAGCGAGACUUUCUAUGUCCUAACCGAUUCAGAUCAUAAAUCAGGGUUUUCUAAGCAAUCCCUUCUCCUAAUGAGAUUGAUAUCUCUGGUUCAGGAGAAUCAGAUUAGUGUUCCCUUGUAUCAACCUGGCGAAGUUCCUGAGGGAACAACCAACCAAUUAUACUUGGCGAAUUACAUGGCUGGAAUGUUGAGCAGCGCUUUUCCACACUUGAGUCAAGAACAAAUAACCGGAUUUGUGAGUGCAUUGAUCAAGCAAUACCAAGAUCCUGCUAAAUUUUCAGCCACGCUGAGAGAUUUCUUGGUUCAGAUUAAGGAAUUUGGUGGAGAUCCUACUGAUUAUCUUUUUGCAGAGGAUAAGGAAAAGGCAUUUGAGGAAAAGAUCAGGGUGGAAAAGGAAAGGGCUGCUGCUGUCGGUGGUCUGCUGAAACCGUCGGAACUCGAAGAUUGA